AUGUCAGCUUCGCAGCCGCGUUCAUUGUUGCCAGCUGCAAAUGUGAUUGGCAGUUCUUGCAGUGAAAGUGAGUCUUCUGCCAGUUCCGAUAUUGACACACUGUCCGCGAAGAAGGAGUUGAAAGCUUCGAGAACUUCUUAUUUCUCCUUGGAAUCCAUGACGACGAAAAUGGAGAAGAAAGACGAGAUCUUGUGGCAAAAACGAACAAUGAACCUGAUGCCUUGCGUCUUGCUGGCUUUCCAGGUGGUGCUGCUCCUGGUGCCUUUUACAUUGACUGAUUGGUUUCCUUCAUCAGCCUCUAUUCCAGCUUCUGAUAUCUUCGUGGUUUAUCAAGUGCUAGCUGCAGCGCAAUUUUGCAUUCUCUGCUUAUUUCGAAUCUUUUGGAGAGGGAUAGAGUCUGCAUCAGUGAUGGCUUGGUCAAUGCAAGCAUACCUGGGAGCUGGCUGGUCGUAUUGGCUGCUUGGUGCGGCAGUGGAGUUGACCAAGUGGUCUGGAAUGAACACAGUGGGCCAGUAUGCCAUUUUGAUGCUUCACCGCACAAACUGUGCUUGCUUGGAGUUCGCCUUCACGUAUUCAAUCCAGAGCCGGCUUGAGCUGACGGAGCGUGGACUUGGGGUAGAGCUUGGAGCCAAGCGGAUCCGAAAAAUUCGUUGGUCAUUCUUCAUGACGCAGAUCGGCUUUAAUUUUGUACGCUUGUAUGGUGAAACACAGACAAAGCUCGUUCGUCGCCUACUCACAAGCAUCUACCACUGCAUAACCGGAGUGGGUGUCCUUGCUGACAUGUUUGUGGCUGUGGGAGCUCUCUAUCGUGUCACAUCCCGCCUAAAGACUGUGAAAGUUCCGGAAGACAGCUUCGCCAGCUGCGAGAAAGCUUGGUCGGUGCAGAUCCUGAAUCGCAUGAUGCUGGCGAUCUGCUUCUCCUGCAUCCUUAGCACGUCCAUGCACAUUCUCGGCAUUCCCACGGCCUCCCUUCUCGUUCCGCAUGACUUCCAGUGGGCAUGGUUCCUUGAUCCCGGCAUCCACGCAGCAGACAUUGCUGUGGAGCUCACUGGGCUGAUGUUUAUUGGUGGGGUCAUCACACCUCAGGAGCCCUGUGCCAAGCAGAGAAGGCCUUGCCUUCGUGGCUUGGAUCGGCUCACUGAAGAGCUGCCAGAAAACACCGAAAACGCAAAAGUCAGGGAACUGGCGAUCAGAAGCAUCGAUGUCUCCACACUGCUCGAUUUCUACGGAGGAUUGGGGCCGGCGGGGCACAUCAUGCCACACUUUGAUCCUGCACGUUCUACGACCCAUGAUGUCGUGCGUCAAGCAAUCAUUCCCGAGUCACGGACGGGUCAUCGUGGCUUGGCCUACACGGAAGUCGCACCGGUGCAGAGCUUGAUGCCUAACUGUAUGGUGACGCACUCCUGGUCGAACCUCUUCAUUUGCCUGGUGGCUGCAGUCGUUGCCGAUGCCCUGGGGCUUAACGAGUAUGCCAAGAUUGCGGAGAGCUUGCGCCAUGGGCAGCUGCAGAAUCUACGGCAAAGGUUGUCGGUAAAGGGCACACUCGGCAGCUGCUACUGGAUCUGCUGCUUCUGCAUCAACCAGCAUUCCAGUAUUUGCGGCGGAUUGGGGCCCGCACCCUCAGAUCCUGCAGGCCUAGCCAGGUGGAUGAGGAACCAUACGGACACCGCCACUGGACUACCUUUGGUCUUCUGCGACUGCCUUGAGCCGAAGUUCACAAACGACCAUCCUCAGUGUGAGAUUAACAAGUUUGACCGGAUGAUGAUGUGGAUUCAGUUCAAGAAUCCAGAUUUCAGGCAGAUGGUCGCAGCAGACCGUGACUUCGAGGUUUUUGCACGAGCCUGGUGUGUGGCAGAGCUGGUCGCUGCGCAUGGUGCAGACGUCCCACAGGUUGUUUGCCUUGAGAGCAGCAAGCCUUUCGACCCUGGAGCAGACAACCUUGCGGUUUAUGAUCAGCUCGUGAACCUCAGCGUGGCACACAGCCUGGCUUCGCGACCAGAGGAUAAGGAGAUGAUCCUCAGCAAAGUCUCCUGUGUGCGGGACUUUGACGCAGCCCUUCAGAGGCUCAUUUUUGGCAACAGAGGUUUGCUGGCAAAGAAGUUCAUCGGCUUUGAUUCGCUUGAGCCUGCUGCACGCUUUGCACGAAGUGGAAUGUUCAUGGGUGUGUCAACCAACUCCCCAGAAGGGAAGGAGGCCAUGAAAGGCCAGUCCAUCGUCGUGAAGGGCCCUUCGACUUCCAGCGGCUCACCAGCUGAGCAGCUGGCGCCCACGUGCGCGGCAGGAUUCAAUGCGGCCUACGAGAAAUGCUUGGGAGGACAAAACUCUUACUUGAUGGUGUUGGUCACCGACGGCAAGAAGGCUUAUUGUGCGUACCAAGGUGGCUGGGCUCAGACAUCGCAGUACUAUCCAGAUUCGUCUGCAUGCUUCGCAAGCCCCGGGGAAUCAGAAGCGCUCUGGUAUGAUGCAGCAACGAAGUCCUUGGUUUCCUGGGAAAAGGACACGGUAGUGGCUGGGCCAUUGCAGCAGGACACCACCAGCCUAACUUGCUUUGGCAGUGGCGCGGAGCCCUGCCAGGCGACGCCAUCAAAGUAUGGUCGAACCCUCACCAAAGGCGGGAAGGUCUGGUACAUUGUCCCACCCGGCGAUGAAUUCAGCUUUAUCUGGAACCCAAGCGAUGGGUAUGUGAAUAUUGAAACAAAAACUCCGCAAAAGAUCUACCUCAUGUCCGUGAAGAACAACCUGGGCUCUAGCAGCAGCAGUGGCUUGUCCACGGACAUCCCCUGUGGCCGAGAGGGAUCCAUCGACAACCAAGCCAAGGAGUUCCCUAUAAAUGGCCUCAGCGGAUCCUGCCAGAAGGACAAUGAUGACUACUGGAUGGCUUUUGGAAGUGGCACCGUGACAAUCUGCUUCCCUGGUGUAGCCUGCUAG